AUGAAGGUCAGGAUCAAGACGUGGAACGCCGUCGCAUCGUGGCGCUGGGACGUGCCCGAGGACGACGUGUGUGGCAUCUGUCGCGUCCAGUUUGACGGCACGUGUCCGAACUCAUUGCGUCAACGACUGGAUCUCGACCGAGAGCUCGAGGGGCUUGUGUCCCAUGUGUCGGCAGAAGUUUGA